CUUUCUUUUAAGCUUAUCGCAGAAUUCGCAUUCCACAGUCCACAUUCCUCCAUUCUCUGCUCUCCACCCCGCCUAUCGCGUGGGUCAAUGCUCUAGUCCUUAGUUCGCGGCGUCGUCGUCAUCCAUCGCGAACAUGGGCGAGUCCGACCCUCCAUAUUUGUAUGAUCGCCCCAUCCGCCAGCAUACAGCUUCGCCACGGUUCUACAGCCAAACCUUCAACCCCAAGGCCGUAACGGAAGCAAGCUGGGCUCAACCCGAGCCGAGGGCGGAAGUCAAAGGCCCUUUGGUUGAUCUCAAUCGGCACCCGGACUCGUACUACAAUGUUCCCGAUCGGACGCGAUGGACUCCAAUGAGCCCCCACACAAAGAGUAGAGUAAUCUACGGAAGAAAGGUGCAACUGGGACUGCGAGUUCUCGCCUUGAUCGGUGCGCUGGGAUCGUUGUUCUGCUCAAUUGUCAUCAAGAAAGCAGCAAACACCAUCAUCUGGAUCGUGCGAGUGGGGCCCGCUGUGGCGAUUCUGCAUAACAUAUACAGCGUCUGGCAUUUGAGUCGGUCUGCGAUCAGCAGGCCUCCUGGUUCCCAAGCCAGCUACAUGCUGUUCGCUGGAACUUUAGAUCUGGGAUUAGUUCCGUUCUACGUCUUUGCGGCAUUUCUGGGCUACAGGCAGUGGACUGAUACCGCCUGGAACUGGACCACGAUGCUGAGUUCUGAGUUUGAUGUGACGGCCAAGAUCGCCGAAUCCACGUUUCUGCUGAGUGUCGUCAACGGAGGGUUGCAUGCUAUAUCCCUUGGGAUCUGCAUCUUCUUGGGCAUAAUCUUCCGUCAGAUCCACCGUUUGCCUCCGGACAUGAACCCACUGGAAGACAAUCUCACUGCGCGCCCAAUGAGUCGCAGCAGACAGAGUAUCAAAGAGAAGCAUGCUAGUUUGUCCACUCUGGAUACCGACCUUGGUUCAAGUGAAGAUCCAUUGAUCGAUGCUCGCAAAAUGCCUUUCGUCCACACCCGCGAGAACUCGUACCUCGAUGGCUUGAGCCGCUAUCCUCCCAGUGUUUCCGACAAGAGACAUUCUCAAUAUUCGCAGUCCAAUCAGCGCAUGUCGCGGGCCGAGUCGAUCCCUCAGCUGCCAUUCCAGCAGCCUAAUGAUAUUCCGGACGACAUCACUAUCAACUCGCCAAUCGAGAAUCCCGAUAUUUUCAAUCGACCAACCACAACAAUCUCCCAUGGCUCCCCAGUCCGCAAGCCGUCGCCUGCUAUGCCUCCCCGGUCCCAAUGCGCAAGUCCUGCUUCGGAUAACUGGAUCGUAUACCCAUCUCGCUCUGGGACCCCUGUUGAGGCAGAGACUCAGCACCCAGCUCCUCGUGAACCAUCCUCCGCAUACAGUGCCGCCGAGACUCUGACGUCGGCCAAAAACGGGGUCAUGGAUUGGUUUAACGGCUCGCAGCGACAGGGUCAGCCCGUUGGACAAGCCAUCACAGAAGAUGUUCGCGGCGAGUAUGAGUCGAUUGCAGCCAACGAGUACUACAGCCACAACAAUGACGACGACGUUCACGAUUUCCUGUACCGAACUGGGUUUUACGAUAACGCUGAACAAGACAUUGGCGACAACCGGAUCGACAUCUUUCAAGACAGCGACCAUGAACACGAAUACCUUGACGAAGAAACUCGCAACUCACUGCGCGUCAAUCCCCUUGCCUUGAACCCUCCGACCCCGCAGCCCAGACUCAACGGUAUCCGCAGCGUCACCCGUUCGCCAAGCAACAGCAGCGGCCGUAUGGCGUUGACCGACAUUCCAAACCUAUCCCCUAACCCGCAACAACCCUCAGAGGCAAUCUCUACCGACCCAACCCCGAAGAAGGGCAAGACCUUCUACGGAGACGUAUCUCGGGCAGGCGGAGGCAACGACAGCGGCAGCAACAACGUGACGCGCAAGGCCAGUCUGGGACAGAAACUCGGUAAAUUCACCAUGAAUCGAAACCAGAAGCGCAGCGCGUACGGUGCACUGAAGCAGCACGAUGACGACGACAACGACUACCUGCAGGCCGACCCCGGGACUUUGGCAGGCGAUCGCAAGGGUCGCGUGGUCAGCAACUCCGGCGCGGACUUUGGUCGCACGGCCACGGAGUCGCAUCCCGCUGCGACUGCCAACUCUGCCUCGUCGAUGUCCUAUGGGAACUACCUUGCCGGUUUGGGCGUCGUUGGGGUUGGCAGACGUCGCGACGUCAGCGGGAAGAUCGCGGAGGAAGGCCGGGCGGAGACGAGCAAGAAGCCGGGAUCGGAGAGCAGUAGUCCCGCGCGCGGUGACGAGAAUGCCAAGCCCGUCCGUGCGGCCGGAUGGGCGCGGUUCGCCGGGCUGUAGGCUCGAUGAUAUAGGGGAUGUAUCUUGUGCCGUGGUGUGGCUUGUAUUCAUUUGUGUUUACGGGAAGGUUUCCUUGUGAUUAUUUUCUUCAUGACUCGACGGGCUAUUGAUUUGGAUGGAUUAUGAUGAUCUAU